AGUCUACACAAAAAUCACAUGCUCAAAAGAAAAAACAUUAAAAAAAGAAAACAGGUGGUUUUGAACAUUUCUUCCCACUGCCUUACUGUGCCCAAAAACAUCUACCUUGUUUUACCCUUCUUUCUCUCUCUCUAUACACAGGGCUUUCUUGGCCUGAGGUUGGCUCUCUCUCUUCUCUCUCUUGAUUCAGAUUAGUUAGAAAUAGUUGCCUGUUCAUACUGGGUUGUAAUGUGAAGGGUAUUCUACGCAACAGAGAAUUGCAAGAGACCUUAGUUGGCCAGGUUGACAAGUUUUGACAGCUAACAUGGAGGAUGAGAAUGGUCUUGAGCUUAGCCUUGGUCUAGGUUGUGGAGGAUCAUCUGCAAAAUCCAAAGGUAAAAAUGGCGGACCUUCAGAUAUCAGGACAGAAGAAGGUGACAAAGGAAAUAAAUUGGUAGAUGAUUUCAAAAACUUCCUUCAUGCCAGUACCCAGAAGCAGGAUUCAAGUACUGGGUCUCAAAUGAAUGAUUCAGUAAAACCUCUGGAGAACUUCUUCAGUGACCUGUCUAAGGCCAAUGCCAGUACUGAUGCUUCAAUAAACUUGAACAGUAGGGGGCUGUGGGGUCCAAGUGGCAACAGACCUGCUGAAACUGAAGAAGAAAAAAUGCCAGAGGCUGGUAGCAAACGUAAAAUGUUAUUUGAUGAGAUAAACAAUCAGAAGAAGCAUGAAAGAGACAUUCAUCAUUCUGAUUUACAUGAUAAGAAAGCAUUGCAUAUUUCCAUAACAACAGAAGAUGGCUCAACUGCUGAAAAUGAAGAUGUGGCAGAGUCUGAAGUAGAGGGUUCAUCAUCACAGUUGGCCUCUCAUCAUGAUGAUGCCUCCAAGCGUCUCAUUGGAGUUGAGGUUGCAAAGGAGGUCCGUGGGUUCUCCGAUUCCAGCGUUGUAGACUUACAUGGACAAAAGAGGCCUAAUGGUUCAUCAGAAACUGAGAUUAAGAAUGGGAACUUGAAUUAUGGAGUUCCAUUCUCAGUCCGACCUGUAAACAUAAUGAAUAUGCCAUACUCAUUUCCUAUAACAGAAUCUAACUCUAUUGGUGUUCCUGGCACCUCAGGCCAUCCUCUCCCGGGUAUGGUACAGGUGAUGCCUACUUCAAAUGGUGAGCAACGACCGGGGGCCCAGUCUGUCAAUCCUGGAAAUUUUCCAGGAAUGUUUGGCUAUUCGCCUAUCCAGCUUCCGACAUUGGAUAAAGAUAACUCGUGGGGCUUGGUCUCUCAUCUUCAACAGUUCCAUCCUUCCUAUGCCGGUCGUGGUUCAUCAAACUCAGAUAAGCAAAAUGAUGGAUUGAAGAUUGCUCCAGCCAUGCAAGUAAUUUCGCGAAAUUCAUCUGAAGCUACACUGUAUGAUAGGAGGACAAUAGAACGGGUCAAGAGUGACGGAAAACAGCACAUUGCAGAAGAAGGUUCCUCUUCUCAUACUGAAGAUGAUGCAAAAAGAAGCGGCAUGAACCUUAGGUCAAAAGAUGCAUCUGGCCCAUCAGCAGCAGAAGAUUCGUCUUUUGAUUUUUCUGCCAUAAAGCCAGGUAUUGCAUCAGAUGUGAAAUUUGGGGGUUGUGGCUCUUAUCCAAAUUUGCCAUGGGUGUCUACCACAGGUUCUGGCCCAAAUGGCAGAACAAUUUCUGGUGUAACAUACAGAUACAGUGCAAACCAAAUCAGAAUUGUCUGUGCUUGUCAUGGUUCCCACAUGUCUCCUGAGGAGUUUGUUAGGCAUGCAAAUGAAGAGAAUGUUAAUUCAGAAAAUGGCAGUAAUUUAGCCUCAUUUCCAAGUAACAAUCCUGCUGCCUCUGCUCAGAGCUAAAAGGUUACCGUCUUUUCCCUUUCCGGAACUAUAAAUAUUGGCAGAUAAGGUUAUAACCUAAACCAGGUUAAGACCUUGUGUACCAUACCCUGUUUUUCGCUGUGUGUUUGCUUAUUUAGUUGCUUUUAUGAGAUUAGUUGCCGCAAUCAAAUAUUGCAAGUGUAUGUAAUAAUAUUAUAGCAUCGAAAAAAUUGUUUCAUAUGAA